AUGGGAAAGAUCGUGUUUUAUGAGGACAGGAACUUCCAGGGUCAGCACCAUGAGUGCACCAGCGACUGCGCCGACCUGCACCCCUUCUUCAGCCGCUGCAACUCCAUCCGGGUGGAGAGCGGCAGCUUCAUGGUGUACGAGAGGCCCAACUACCUGGGCCAGCAGUACUUCCUGCGCCGGGGCGAGUACCCCGACAACCAGCGCAUGAUCGGCAUCAGCGACAGCGUGCGCUCCUGCCGCGCCAUCCCCAUGCAUCGCGGCUCCUACAAGAUCCGUCUGUACGAGCACCCAGACAUGAGCGGCCAGGCGCAGGACAUCAGCGACGACUGCCCCAACGUCCAGGACCACCUGCGCAUGUCUGACAUCAAUUCCUGCAACGUGGUGGACGGCCACUGGCUGCUGUACGAGCAGCCCGACUACAAAGGGAGGACCUACUACCUGAGACCCGGUGAAUAUCGCAGAUACAGCGACUGGGGCGCCAACAGUCCGAGAAUCGGCUCGCUCAGGCGAAUCAUCAUUUUCUACGAGGAGCGGAACUUCCAGGGUCGCUCCUAUGAGACCGGCAACGACUGCCCCGAGCUCACCUCCUACCUGAACAAGUGUAACUCCUGCAGGGUGGAGAGUGGCCUCUUCAUGGUGUAUGAGAAGCCUAACUUCAUGGGCCAUCAGACUCUGGUGAGGAGGGGCGAGUACCCAGACAGCCAGCACCUGAUGGGAAUUAGCACGAGCGACUGCAUCCGAUCCUGUCGCAUGAUCCCCAUGCACCGGGGACCCUUCAGAAUGAAGAUCUUUGAGAGGGAGAACUUCGGGGGUCAGAUGCACGAGCUCACGGAGGACUGCGACAACAUGAUGGACCGCUUCCGCAUGUCCGACUGCCAGUCCUGCAGCGUGAUGGACGGCCACUGGCUGAUGUAUGAGCAGCCGGGUUACAGGGGCCGCAUGAUUUACCUGAGGCCCGGAGAGUACAGGAACCUGAGAGAGAUGGGAAUGGGCAACAUUUCCAGAGACCAUUUCAGCUUUCAUGCUUUUUUAAAUGACACUUUUUUCCAACAGAUCACUUUUUACGAGGAGAAGAAAUUCCAGGGCCGCUGCUACAACUGCAGCAGCGACUGUGCCGACCUGCACACCUACUUCAGCCGCUGCAACUCCAUCCGGGUGGAGAGUGGAGCCUGGGUGGUCUACGAGAGGCCCAACUACAAGGGCUUCCAGUACGUCCUCAGCCCCGGGGAGUACGCCGACAACCAGCAGUGGAUGGCCUUCAGCGACAGCGUCAAGUCCUGCCGCGCCGUGAAGAAUGUCUACGGUACUGCGUGGAAGCUGAGGCUGUAUGAGCGGCCAGACUUUGGGGGGCAGAUGGUGGACUGUUCUGACGACUGCCCCUCAGUGUACGACGCCCACAAGCUGCGGGAGGUCUACUCCUGCGCCGUGACCGACGGCGCCUGGGUGUUCUACGACCUCCCCAGCUACAGGGGGCACCAGUACCUCCUGGAGCGGGGGGAAUACCGCCAGCACAACGACUGGGGCGCGUCCUCACCUGGGAUCAUCUUCUAUGAGGACAGAAACUUCCAGGGUCGUUCCCAUGAGUCCAGCAAUGACUCCAGUGACCUGCACACGCACGUCAGCCACUGCAACUCCAUCAAGGUGGAGGGAGGAUUCUGGGUAGUGUACGAGAGGCCAAACUACAUUGGGCACCAAUAUGUGCUCAGCCCCGGACAGUAUCCGGACUGCGAGAGCUGGCUGGGCAUAAACGACUCCAUCAGGUCCUGUCGCAUUAUUAGGCAUGUGGGGAAUUCGUGGAGGAUGAAGGUGUGGGAGAAGCCCAAUUUUGAGGGGGAUUCAAAGGAGCUGGCCCACAACAUGCCAACCCUCCACGAGCUCUGGCAGAGCCGUGACAUCCACUCCUGCAAAAUCUUCGAAGGCGCCUGGAUCUUCUACGAACAGCCCAACUACAGAGGGCGCCAGUACCUGCUGGAGAAGGGCGAGUACAAGCGCUACCCGGAGUGGGGGGGCAUGCAGCCAAGUGUUGGAUCCAUCCAUCGUAUCUUCUUUUUUGAGGACAAGAACUUUCAGGGUCGUCACUAUGAAUGCAGCAGUGACUGUCCAGAGCUCAACUCGCACUUCAGCCGCUGCAACUCCAUCCGUGUGGACGGUGGGACCUGGGUGAUCUAUGAAGGACCCCAAUACAUGGGCUACCAGUACGUCCUGGUGAGAGGGGAGUACCCCACCUUCCAGAGCUGGAACGGCUUCAAUGACACCAUCCGCUCUUGUCGCCUCAUCAAUAAUCCAUCCAGCAGGUUCAGGAUCCGCAUCUAUGAGCGUCCAGACUUCAGUGGCCAGAUGAUCGAGUUAAGUGAAGACCAGCCCAACCUGCAGGACCGCUGGCGUUAUCGGGACGUGCACUCAGCUCACGUCCAUGAUGGCGUGUGGGUCUUUUAUGAGAAUCCAAACUACAGGGGGCGCCAGUACCUGCUGGAAAAAGGUGAAUACAGACGGCACUCUGAGUGGGGGGCUCUCCACCCAUCUGUGGGCUCCAUUCGUCGUGUUGCCGACUUUUAA